GAAACUACUCCAAAAUCAUUAUCCACAUUAACCAUCGUUUCUAUUGGUAUCUCUUAUUUCUUCAUAAACCCCAUGUGCAUCAUCACACUCAAUUGUCAAAACCCACCUUUUCACCCACCAUCCUUUUUUUUUUCAAUCUGUAUCAGCACAAACUUCCACUUCCCUUUCUAAAUUCUCUCCCAUACUCAAAUGAAUACGCUUCAAAUCUUCCCAUUCUUUGUCUAAUCGUUCCCCUACCUUAAGAAACCCACAAACUUUUCCAACAAAAAUGGCUACAAAGUUCGUCAGUUCUUACAUUCUCUCUCUAACUCUGUUUUUGUCUCUCGUCUUUGUGUUUUCCAUGGCUUUCACACCUCAAGACAACUUCCUCAUCAACUGCGGUUCAACCACAAACGCCAUGGUCGACGGCAGAGAGUUUUUGGGUGAUUCAAACAAACCCGGGUCGGAUUUUCUGUCUUCAGACAAAUCAAUCACUCUAUCAAACCCGAACCGAAAUUUAUCCGAGCUCUACAGUACUGCGAGGGUUUUCACUAGUCCGUCGACUUAUGGUUUUGGGAUCAGUAAACCCGGAACGCAUUUGGUACGUCUCCAUUUUUCUCCGUUUAAUUCUCAGAAUUUUAAACUCAGCAGUUCAAAUUUCAGUGUUUCAUUACAUGGGUCUUUGAUUUUGAACAAUUUUCGUACUGAAUUCACUAUUGUAAAGGAGUUUAUCCUCAUGGUAGAUGAAACUCACCUCGAUAUAAUGUUUGAUCCUUUGGGGAAAACCGGGUUUGCGUUUGUUAAUGCAAUCGAAGUGUUCUCUGCUCCAAUCGAUCUUAUCGUUGAUGGUGGAGCAAAGUCGAUUAAUGCCGAUGGAGUUCAAGAAUUCAAAAAUCUGUCAUCGCAGAUUUUAGAAACUGUUCAUAGAAUCAACGUAGGAGGCUCAAAAUUAACACCAUUUAACGAUACCCUUUGGAGGAAUUGGGUUCCAGACGAACAAUUUUUAGCUAUAAAGUCAUCUGCCAAAAUCGUCACCACCACACAGCUCCCAAAUUAUCAAAAGGGGGGCGCCUCAAAAGAAGUCGCUCCAGAAAAUGUUUAUAUGACUGCUCAAGAAAUGAACAGGGGAAACCUACCCAUGAAUUCCAUCUUCAAUCUCACAUGGGGUUUCCCAAUCGAUUCGACAAUUGGUGUUCGCCAUUUCGUUCGAUUACAUUUCUGUGAUAUCGUUAGUCUUUCAGUCAAUCAGCUCUAUUUCAAUGUAUUCAUCAACGGCUUCCUUGCUUAUAAAGAUCUUGACCUUUCAUUACUUUCGUUUCAUGUGUUAGCAUCUCCAUUUUAUGCUGAUUUUGUUAUCGAGUCGGAUCAUUCCGGGGUUCUUGCAAUCAGCGUUGGCCCGUCUGAUUUGAGUACAAGUUUGAGAAAAAACGCAAUCUUAAACGGGGUUGAAGUUAUGAAGAUUGUGAAUCCCGUAAGUCGGGAAUUCAGAUCGAAAAAGAAGCACAUUUGGAUUUUGAUACGUUUGAUCGUGGGAAUCUUAAUUCUUUUGUCUUCUGCAAUUCUCGCAAUCUUCAUUCUUUUGAAAUUAAGGAAGAAAAUUAAAAAGAAAACAAGACGUUCGGAAAGUAACGGUUGGACUCCAUUACGUGUUCAAGGAGGUAGCACACAUAGUAAAUUCUCAGAAGGAACACAUAAUAUUACCACCAAAUUAAAGAUCCCAUUUGUCGAUCUACAAUCAAGCACCAACAAUUUCGACAAAGAUCUAAUAAUAGGUUCGGGCGGAUUUGGUAUUGUUUACAAAGCAAUUCUUCGCGACAACUUUAAAGUUGCGGUCAAACGAGGUGUCCCUGGUUCCCGACAAGGUCUCCCGGAGUUUCACACGGAAAUUACAAUUUUGUCCAAGAUCCGACACCGCCACCUCGUGUCCCUAGUCGGGUUUUGUGAAGAACAAUCAGAGAUGAUCCUUGUCUACGAGUAUAUGGAAAACGGCCCGUUAAAGAAUCACUUAUACGGGUCGAAUUUGCCUCCAUUAUCAUGGAAGAAAAGGCUUGAAAUAUGUAUUGGGGCGGCCCGCGGGCUUCAUUAUCUUCACACGGGUUCGGCCCAAGGGAUUAUUCAUCGUGACGUGAAGUCGACAAAUAUAUUGUUAGACGAUAAUUUCCUCGCAAAAGUAGCAGAUUUCGGGCUUUCCAGAUCCGGCCCGUGUUUGAGUGAGACUCAUGUGAGCACGGGCGUGAAGGGUAGUUUCGGGUAUUUGGACCCGGAGUAUUUUCGGAGACAACAACUUACGGAUAAAUCGGAUGUUUAUUCUUUUGGGGUUGUGCUUUUUGAAGUGCUUUGUGCCCGACCCGCGGUUGACCCGUUGGUGGGCCGGGACGAGGUGAAUUUGGGGGAGUGGGCGGUUCAAUGGCAGAAAAAGGGUUUGCUUAAACGGAUUGUGGACCGUCGGAUCGUAGAUGAGAUAAAACCGGAGUCAUUGAAAAAGUAUGGGGACACUGCGGAAAAAUGUUUGGCGGAUUAUGGUGUUGAUAGACCGACUAUGGGUGAUGUGUUGUGGAACUUGGAGUAUGCACUUCAGCUUCAACAAACCGAAGCCAUAACCGAAACCGUGAACCCAUCGGAUGUGGGUCAGACCGGUGCACCGGAAAUUGUAGCCGGUGUGGGUGUGGGUGUGGGGUCUAGCAAUGGUGAUGGUUCGCUUUCGGGCAUAAGAACAAGCCAAGUGUUUUCCCAGUUGGUGACCAAUGAUGGUAGGUGAGGGAAGAAAUGGGCAGUGGGCCUAGAUAAUGAAGGGUUAAAAUGACUUUUUAGUGUGUGUUUUUGUUUGGUAGUGAAUGAUGAUAGUGAUACCAGCGAUGCUAGAAAGCCUUGUGACAUAAAUGUCGAUGGGAAUUCACAUUGUACAACUCUUGAAUAUAUCCGAAGCUACUGUUGAUGCUUAAUGUAAUAACUACUGGUUUUCAAAUUAUUGACAAACCGGUUAUAUAUUAAUUUUAUUAUUAUUAUUA